AUGUCCAACUCUCCUGGGACAAGCAUUGACAGAUUCAGCAGCCUUCCUGAUCGUGUUGCCCAUAAUAUUCUUUCCUAUGUUUCCAUGGAAGACAUUUUGCGCCUUUGUCUCGUCUCCAGAAGGUUUAGGCAGCUCUGCAUAUCUGUCCCAUGCUUGAAUUUUGAUGUCAUUCCAUAUAGAGACAAAAAAAUCAAAAGAGCUCGGCUUAUGAACUACCUCGAUAGGCUUUUGUUUCUGUGCAAAGGGAUGAAUAUUCGACGCUUUUACAUCCGUUGGAGUCAGCGAGACAGUCUUGUUUUAGCUGAUGAAGAGUAUCACAUACUCUCAUCUUUGCAUAAUGCAGUCAUAUGCAAUUUUGAAUUGCUUAAUAUUGAUAUCAAACCGUAUUGGAGUCAUUUAUCUCGUGUGGUUCAUUUUGGAAAGGAAUCAACAGAUUUUUCGCUGCCGCCGAGUCUUGUUUGUUGUAGAUCAUUGAGGAUUCUUAGAGUGAAUUUGCAUAGUGGCACUCUCAAUUUCCCAUCUCCCCAUUACCACUUUCAGAUUCCGUUCUCUUCAGUCCUUGUUGCUGCAAUCUAUUUGAAUCAACUUACUGCAAGGGGGGCAAAACGCAUCACCAUAACCAGUUCUCUCAAAACAUUAAAGAUUUUGUCAUCCGAUGACAUCUUCAAUCUUAAUGUUUCCGCAGACACGCUAGCACAGAUGGCUUUAUGCUGGAGAUUCGAUUUGCCUGCAAAUAGAGUACUGCAACUUUCCACGAUCCAAAGAUCGAAAAGUUUCGUUGAGAAGGAAAUAUAUUGGACUUCCAAUGCGUGGAAAUUUUGAUGUACUUGUGUAGUGUUGGAAUUUUUUUAAGACCCUCUUCUGACUUAA